CGCCAACCCAGACAGGCUGACCACAACAGUGAAUCAACCCACCCAGGUGAUGCACCCCCCCCAGGGACGGCAUGAGAGAGCCCCUGCAAGCCAGUGACUCAGCCCCCGUAACAGGGUUAGAGGCAGAGAAUCCCAGUGGAAAGAGGGGAACCGGCCAGACUCCAGAGCCUUUCCGUUCACCUUCCCACUCCUGGGCCAGAUUACACUCAAUCAUAUGACCCACUGAAGAGAUGAGUCUUCAGUAAAGACUUAAAGGUUGAGACCGAGUUUGCGUCUCUGACAUGGGUAGGCAGACCGCUCCAUAAAAAUGGAGCUCUAUAGGAGAAAGCCCUGCCUCCAGCUGUUUGCUUAGAAAUUCUAGGGACAAUUAGGAGGCCUGCGUCUUGUGACCGUAGCGUACGUGUAGGUAUGUACGGCAGGACCAAAUCAGAGAGGUAGGUAGGAGCAAGCCCAUGUAAUGCUUUGUAGGUUAGCAGUAAAACCUUGAAAUCAGCCCUUGCUUUGACAGGAAGCCAGUGUAGAGAGGCUAGCACUGGAGUAAUAUGAUCACAUUUUUGGUUCUAGUCAGGAUUCUAGCAGCCGUAUUUAGCACUAACUGAAGUUUAUUUAGUGCUUUAUCCGGGUAGCCGGAAAAUAGAGCAUUGCAGUAGUCUAACCUAGAAGUGACAAAAGCAUGGAUUAAUUUUUCUGCAUCAUUUUUGGACAGAAAGUUUCUGAUUUUUGCAAUGUUACGUAGAUGGAAAAAAGCUGUCCUCGAAAUGGUCUUGAUAUGUUCUUCAAAAGAGAGAUCAGGGUCCAGAGUAACGCCGAGGUCUUUCACAGUGUUAUUUGAGACUACUGUACAACCAUUAAGAUUAAUUGUCAGAUUCAACAGAAGAUCUCUUUGUUUCUUGGGACCUAGAACAAGCAUCUCUGUUUUGUCCGAGUUUAAUAGUAGAAAGUUUGCAGCCAUCCACUUCCUUAUGUCUGAAACACAUGCUUCUAGCGAGGGCAAUUUUGGGGCUUCACCAUGUUUCAUUGAAAUGUACAGCUGUGUGUCAUCCGCAUAGCAGUGAAAGUUUACAUUAUGUUUUCGAAUAACAUCCCCAAGAGGUAAAAUAUAUAGUGAAAACAAUAGUGGUCCUAAAACAGAACCUUGAGGAACACCGACAUUUACAGUUGAUUUGUCAGAGGACAAACCAUUCACAGAGACAAACUGAUAUCUUUCCGACAGAUAAGACCUAAACCAGGCCAGAACAUGUCCGUGUAGACCAAUUUGGGUUUCCAAUCUCUCCAAAAGAAUGUGGUGAUCGAUGGUAUCAAAAGCUGCACUAAGGUCUAGGAGCACGAGGACAGAUGCAGAGCCUCGGUACGAUGCCAUUAAAAUGUAAUUUACCACCUUCACAAGUGCCGUCUCAGUGCUAUAUAUACCUGCUAGCAUGCGCUCCAGAAGAUAUAUCUCAAUGGUCACCAUAACAACACCCACCCGUAGCACGCGCUCCAGCAGGUAUAUCUCACUGGUCACCAUAACAACACCCACCCGUAGCACGCGCUCCAGCAGGUAUAUCUCACUGGUCACCAUAACAACACCCACCCGUAGCAUGCGCUCCAGCAGGUAUAUCUCACUGGUCACCAUAACAACACCCACCCGUAGCACGCGCUCCAGCAGGUAUAUCUCACUGGUCACCAUAACAACACCCACCCGUAGCACGCGCUCCAGCAGGUAUAUCUCACUGGUCACCAUAACAACACCCACCCGUAGCACGCGCUCCAGCAGGUAUAUCUCACUGGUCACCAUAACAACACCCACCCGUAGCACGCGCUCCAGCAGGUAUAUCUCACUGGUCACCAUAACAACACCCACCCGUAGCACACGCUCCAGCAGGUAUAUCUCACUGGUCACCAUAACAACACCCACCCUUAGCACGCGAUCCAGCAGGUAUAUCUCACUGGUCACCAUAACAACACCCACCCGUAGCACGCGCUCCAGCAGGUAUAUCUCACUGGUCACCAUAACAACACCCACCCGUAGCACGCGCUCCAGCAGGUAUAUCUCACUGGUCACCAUAACAACACCCACCCGUAGCACACGCUCCAGCAGGUAUAUCUCACUGGUCACCAUAACAACACCCACCCGUAGCACGCGCUCCAGCAGGUAUAUCUCACUGGUCACCAUAACAACACCCACCCGUAGCACGCGCUCCAGCAGGUAUAUCUCACUGGUCACCAUAACAACACCCACCCGUAGCACGCGCUCCAGCAGGUAUAUCUCACUGGUCACCAUAACAACACCCACCCGUAGCACGCGCUCCAGCAGGUAUAUUUCACUGGUCACCAUAACAACACCCACCCGUAGCACGCGCUCCAGCAGGUAUAUCUCACUGGUCACCAUAACAACACCCACCAGUAGCACGCGCUCCAGCAGGUAUAUCUCACUGGUCACCAUAACAACACCCACCCGUAGCACGCGCUCCAGCAGGUAUAUCUCACUGGUCACCAUAACAACACCCACCCGUAGCACGCGCUCCAGCAGGUAUAUCUCACUGGUCACCAUAACAACACCCACCCGUAGCACACGCUCCAGCAGGUAUAUCUCACUGGUCACCAUAACAACACCCACCCGUAGCACGCGCUCCAGCAGGUAUAUCUCACUGGUCACCAUAACAACACCCACCUGUAGCACGCGCUCCAGCAGGUAUAUCUCACUGGUCACCAUAACAACACCCACCCGUAGCACGCGCUCCAGCAGGUAUAUCUCACUGGUCACCAUAACAACACCCACCAGUAGCACGCGCUCCAGCAGGUAUAUCUCACUGGUCACCAUAACAACACCCACCCGUAGCACGCGCUCCAGCAGGUAUAUCUCACUGGUCACCAUAACAACACCCACCAGUAGCACGCGCUCCAGCAGGUAUAUCUCACUGGUCACCAUAACAACACCCACCCGUAGCACGCGCUCCAGCAGGUAUAUCUCACUGGUCACCAUAACAACACCCACCCGUAGCAUGCGUUCCAGCAGGUAUAUCUCACUGGUCACCAUAACAACACCCACCCGUAGCACGCGCUCCAGCAGGUAUAUCUCACUGGUCACCAUAACAACACCCACCUGUAGCACGCGCUCCAGCAGGUAUAUCUCACUGGUCACCAUAACAACACCCACCCGUAGCACGCGCUCCAGCAGGUAUAUCUCACUGGUCACCAUAACAACACCCACCUGUAGCACACGCUCCAGCAGGUAUAUCUCACUGGUCACCAUAACAACACCCACCUGUAGCACACGCUCCAGCAGGUAUAUCUCACUGGUCACCAUAACAACACCCACCUGUAGCACGCGUUCCAGCAGGUAUAUCUCACUGGUCACCAUAACAACACCCACCCGUAGCACGCGCUCCAGCAGGUAUAUCUUACUGGUCACCAUAACAACACCCACCCGUAGCACGCGCUCCAGCAGGUAUAUCUCACUGGUCACCAUAACAGCACCCACCCGUAGCACACGCUCCAGCAGGUAUAUCUCACUGGUCACCAUAACAACACCCACCUGUAGCACGCGCUCCAGCAGGUAUAUCUCACUGGUCACCAUAACAACACCCACCUGUAGCACGCGCUCCAGCAGGUAUAUCUCACUGGUCACCAUAACAACACCCACCUGUAGCACGCGCUCCAGCAGGUAUAUCUCACUGGUCACCAUAACAACACCCACCUGUAGCACAUGCUCCAGCAGGUAUAUCUCACUGGUCAUCCCCAAAGCCAACACGUACUUUGGCCACCUUUCCUUCCAGUUCCCUGCUGCCAGUGACUGGAACGAAUGGCAAGAAUCGUUGAAGCUGGAGACUUACAUUUCCCUCACUAACUUUAAACAUCAGCUAUCUUAGCAGCUAACCGAUCGCUGCAGCUGUACAUAGUCCAUCUGUAAAUAGCCCACCCAAUCUACCUACCUCAUCCCCAUAUUGUUUUUAUUUACUUUUGUGCUCUAUUGCACACCGGUAUCACUACUUGCACAUCAUCAUCUGCUCAUCUAUCACUCCAGUGUUAAUUUGCUAAAUUGUAAUUACUUCGCUACUAUGGCCUAUUUAUUGCCUUACCUCCUCACGCCAUUUGCACACACUGUAUAUAGGCUUUCUUUUCUAUUGCGUUAUUGACUGUAUGUUUGUUUAUUCCAUGUGUAACUCUGUGUUGUUGUUUGUGUUGCACUGCUUUAUGCUUUAUCUUGGCCAGGUUGCAGUUGUAAAUGAGAACGUGUUCUCAACUGGCCUACCUGGUUAAAUAAAGGUGAUAUAAAAAUAAAAAAAAUACAAAGGCCCAUUUUUAAUAUCUUAUAUUGCC